AAUGGUUUUAUUAUUGCUGCUGAUCUCGUCAUGCGUUUUACUAUUGUACUAUUACUACUGGACGAGAAUUCAUACCUACUGGUUAAGAAGAAACGUGCCUUGUCUUAAAUUUUCGUUUUUCGGAAAUAGUCGAAAUGCAUCAAGAUUGAAAAUUACAAUUGCUGAAAGUCUUCAGAUGUUAUAUAAACAGUACGAAGGAUAUCCGUUCGUCGGGACUUAUGAACUCACAACACCGAUUCUUUUGCUGAGAGAUCCAAAACUAAUUAAACGUGUGCUUGUGAAAGACUUUGCCUGCUUUCAAAGCCGUGGUAUUGUGAUAAACGAAGACACUGAUCCGCUUAGCGCACAUUUAAUUAAUAUCAAUGGACAACUGUGGCAAAAAUUGCGCACGAACCUUACACAUGUCUUCACAAGCAGCAAAAUUCGACAUAUGUUUGAAUUAAUCACGAAAGUGUCAGAACAGUUUAAGCAAUUUUUAGAGCAAUACGCAGCCAAUGAAGAGCCUGUCGAAUUUCGAGAUCUUGCUGCCAAAAUCACCAGUGAAAUCGCCACAACCAGUUUAUUCGGGCUCCAAAUGAAUACGAUACAAAAUGAUGAUUCCGAAUUUCGAAAAAUGUGUAUGAAACUCGUAGAUCCGUCGUUAGAUAUAUCGAUGAGGAGAUAUAUACGCGAUUAUAUGCCAAAAGUAUUUAAAUGGUUAUCAAUUCGGUUUACACCUCCAGAUGUUACUACCUAUUUCACAAAGUUAGUGAAAGAAAUAAUUGCACACAGAGAAAUGCAUAAUACAAGGCGAAAUGAUUUUAUGCAAACUUUGAUAGAUUUAAAAUAUAAGGAAACAAAAAUAGAAGAUACGCCAAAACAUUCGCAAAACAUGGCAUUUGGAUCUAAUGAUAUAGUUAUCGAUGACAAGGUAAUCACAGCUCAGGCUGCACUAUUUUUUGUGGCUGGCUUCGACAGCCCAGCAACGACUAUGAGCUUUGCUAUGUAUGAAUUGGCAGCUAAUCCUAAGAUUCAAGAAAAAUUAUACGACGAAAUACAAAUCACCUACAAGAAGCACGGCUGUUUCUCUUACAAUGCUAUAUCCGAAAUGAAUUAUCUCGAUUGCAUCGUUCGCGAAUCACUUAGGAAGUAUCCACCUAUUGGUGCGACACAAAGAAUCUGCAAAGAACCAUACAGAAUUCCGGAUUCUGAUGUUAUUUUAGAAAAAGGCACAAAAGUUAUCGUGCCCAUUUAUGCAAUCCAUCAUGAUCCGCUUUAUUAUAAAAAUCCAAAUGUAUUCGAUCCGGAUCGAUUUAUUAGUGAAAAUAAGAAGCUUCAUCAUAAUGGCACAUAUCUACCUUUCGGCAGUGGACCACGCAUCUGUAUUGCAAUGAAAUUUGCUUACCUCCAAACAAAAGUAGGUCUUGUUACUCUUAUUGCAAAUUAUAAAGUGGAGCUAAGUGGAAAGACUGCUAUUCCAUUACAAUUUGAACCGAUGAGUAACACGUUGAAAAGUAAAUCUGGAAUAUGGUUGAAGAUCUACCGCCGUUUACAAGAAUAG